CAAUUUUAAAUAAAUAAAUAAUGUUUGGUUCCGAUGCAGCUGCUGUGUAGAAAAAUUCGCGCCAAAGUAAUUGACCGCAACUUUUUGGAUACGGUACCGACAGAUAUUCUUCACUUGCAUUCCCAACGCAUUGAGGUGUACAAAGGCAAUUACGAACAGUUUGACAAAACAAGAACGGAGAAACAUAAGGCUCAGCGAAGGGAAUACGAAGCUCAAAUGGCUCACAGACAACACGUACAGGAAUUUAUCGAUCGCUUCCGAUACAACGCGAACGGAGCUGCUUCCGUACAAUCGAAGAUAAAAAUGCUGGAAAAGCUACCUGAACUGAAACCAGUCGAAAAGGAAGUUGAAGUCGUGUUGAAAUUCCCUGAAGUUGAACCUCUCGACUCAAUCCGCCUGUUCUUACACUGAACGAAGUGAGCUUUAUGUACAACAAAGAUGAAGUCAUCUUCAACACGAUCAAUUUGAAUGCCAAUUUGGAAUCGAGAAUAUGCAUA